AUGCUUUUACGAGGUCAGGUCAAUAGGAUUUGCUGCAGUAUUUGGCCUUGCUGCUCUUCAUUGCUAACAGUAUACAAGAGUGUGCUUCAUCAUACUAUUGUUGCCGCUGCAAGCACGUCCGGGGCUGUAACCAAACCGAACCUUAAUAUUGGUACUAUUGGGCAUAUUGAUCAUGGUAAAACGACACUCACCACUGCUAUAACACGGGUCCUUUCUGCUAAAGGAAAGACAAAAUUUGUGAAAUUUGAUGAAAUCGACAAGGGAAAAGAAGAGAAGAAGCGUGGUAUAACGAUCAAUAUAGCUCAUGUCGGUUAUGAAACGGACAAAAGGCGUUAUGCUCAUACAGAUUGUCCUGGACAUAGUGAUUUUAUAAAGAAUAUGAUUUGUGGCACUGCACAAAUGGAUGCUGCGAUUCUGGUGAUUGCUGCAACAGACGGUGUAAUGGCACAAACACGAGAGCAUCUGCUUUUGGCUGGACAGAUCGGAAUUAAGAAUAUCAUAGUUUUUAUAAACAAAGCUGAUUUGGUUGAUGAUGAUGUAUUGACACUGGUUGAAAUCGAGGCGCGUGAACUGCUUCUCGAGUUCGGAUUUGAAGAAAAAAAUGUGACGGUAAUAAAAGGUUCGGCUCUCAGUGCACUUGAAGAUGGAAAAGGAGAAUGUAUCGACGAAUUGAUAGCAGCACUCGAAGCAAUCCCGUUACCUAAACGACUUGAGGAUGCACCUUUGUUGAUGCCAAUUUCAUCACGUGCUGCGAUAACUGGUCGAGGUACUGUUGUGAUUGGCACCGUUGAAGAGGGCACCUUGAAGAAAGGGGAUAAAAUUGAAAUUGUCGGUGGCGGUCAUCAAGUGCGAGCGGUCGCUUCAGAUAUACAAGUGUUCGGGAAAGGAGUUAAACAAGUGCUUGCUGGUGAGCACUGUGGUGUUCUAUGCAGAGGUGUUAAGACAGAUGAUGUUCGUCGUGGUAUGUGGAUGGGUGCACUAGGUUCUAUUAAAACGUCUAAUUUCUUUAAGGUUGAGCUUUACUUACUGUCAGAAGCUGAAAGCGGACGAAGGCUUGGAAUACGUUCCGGUUUCAGUGACAAGGUGUUUUGUAGCACCUGGGAUCAGGUUGGUCGAUUCCAGUUAAUGAGUGAUAUGUUAAUGCCGGGUGAACAUGCAAGUGCUUAUAUGGCAUUCGAGAAGCAGAUGCCUGCGAAGCCAUUGUUACCGUUCACACUACGUGAAGGUGGUAAGGAAAAGAAGACGAUCGCUCGAGGAGUGAUACGUGAAAUGUUGCCUGCGCUUGAUGUGAGCAGUUUGCACGAUCUCAAGAAUCUCGACGAAAUUGUUGCUGCCUUAUAG